CUAAAGACCCUCGGAGAUCUGUGUGUUGCUGCUAUUUACUGGGAUGCGCUGUGUGUUCCUGGUACUUGUUUUUUAGUAUCUGGUUUUUUGCUAUUUCUUGUUUUCGAUACCGCUUCUUCGUGGGUUCGAGUCGGCGCGUCGGUGAUUCUGCCGCAGUUCGUUGGAGCAACAUAAACAGACGCUGCAAUAGCAACAGCAGCCGCUGCUCAGUCAGUAUCUAUACAAAGAGACACAUUCUCUGCUUAAUAGGUCAAUUCUUGUUUGAGUUGACGGAUCGCAGUCCGGAUCAAACAACAAAGCAACUCUCUGAUUCGCAGUCUCGCGCUGGACGGGGGCAGCAAUAACACACAGGCAGACAUAGAUUGCCGAUGAUUAAUCUUGAGUCGUUAAACACCGAUAUCGAAGCUACCACUGCGAGCAAUGAGGAAGAGGAAGAUUCGCUCAACGAAUCGUCCAGUCCAACUUGGGCGCUAGGUGACAUUCUGCAGUCGCUCGAAGAACCGGACCGAUCACCUCUAUUCCUAGUCUCAAAGACGAACGAGCUAGUGUCUUUACUGCAGAAGCAUCCAUACCUCAAGAAAGAGCUUGUUCUGAGUGUAUUCGGACGGCGAGUACAAAAACUGCUGUCGCAUCCCGCGAAAGAAGUCGUCGCGACAGGAUACCGAACCGCGCGCUAUGCGAUCUUUGAUAUUCAGUCUUUGCGGGCAAUUAUCGGCCUUCACACCGAUUCCUUUGUGUUGAAAUCUCUUGCAAAAGACGCAAAGUUCAACGUCGAAAGAGAGCAGGCGAUUAAAUUUAUCCGUGGAUACCUCGAGAUUCCGGAUGGUGCGAAUGAGCUCUCGUUGGGUGUUGUGUGUGCUUUGGUAGCCGUGGCGGAGGAUUCUACUGAUAAACUGUCAAAUAUUGCCGUCGAGACUUUGGCAGAGCUACUGCUAUACGUUCCGGAAAAAAUCAAUGCGGCAGGAGGAGUCAAGGUCUUGGCCCUGACGCUUGCCAACGGCCCGUAUGAUCUCGCAGAAGGCAUAGCCGUAGCAUUCAUGCAGCUACUCGACAAGCCGGGCACGAGAAAGUACAUCUGGGCGGGUCAAGACCUCGACGUGAUAUUCUCUCCCUUGACAGAACUGCAAGAACAAGAUCAUAUGGACGAAGCUAAAGUUCGAAGCUGUUCGCGGGUGAUUGCGAUGAUGCUCAAGAGUUGGCCGGGACUGUUUUAUAUGUGCAUGUUUGAUUUCCGGUCAAUUAAGGCUUUUGUGGAGAUUUUGCGAUUACCGAUCGCGGGUCUGCGAGAUGUAAUUAUGGAUCUCUAUUUUGAGAUUCUCAACAUAAAAACUCCCGCUUGGUCUGCUGCGUUCCUCGCUGGCCAGAAGAUGACUGACUAUGCAGGGACGUCGAGUGACGAACAGCCCGGCUUGAGAGAAGUCAGGGACAAAAGUCGCUCGCUGACUGAUAAAUACGUUGCUUUACUUCUAGCACUAUUUAUCGAAACCGAUUUAUUAAAAGUUCUGUUUACGGUUAUCGAAGAAAACACAGAUGCGAAGAAUACGCGAAAGGCAAUGUUGCUUCUGGGAGAGAUAAUCAGUCUAUCGGCAAAGAUACUACCGCAGCAAUAUGCAAUCAAGACGCAGAUCUUAGGCGGCUUGUUUAGAUCUGCUGCAAGAUUGGAAACGAUCGAUAGGUUUGCUGCUAGUUCGGCCAUCUUUCAGAUCGACCGGAUUACAAAGAAUCUGUAUCACUCGUUUCCGGAUCUGGCGCUGCAGAACCAGCGGGAUGGCGGGCUGCCGGUGAAGGAAAGUCGGAGGUCUGAGUUGAAGAAAUUGAGGCUUGGGUUACAUCUCGAUGAUACCUAUUUCCGAAGUCUGUUGCUGGAGACGAACGUGCUGAGUACGAAAAACUAUUCAAAGUGGAACUGGGAUACUCUGAUUGAGAUCAUGCAGGGACCGCUGAUGAACCCCAAACGUCUUGAUGAAGCGAUUCGAGCCACAAAGUUUAUGAAGCGGUUGAUGUCGUUUUACCGGCCGUUCAAGUAUCGCUUCUCGGAGGUGCGCAAGACUUCGACUACGCAGCGGUAUGUCAAAGCCGGAUGCGUGCUGGUGAAGACGUUGCUCGCGAAUCCGGAGGGCGUCAAGUAUCUUUCUGAAAAUAAGCUGCUUCGGCAGAUUGCGGAGUGUAUGGCCCAGUUGGAUCCUAUGAGCGGGAUUACUUCCUCCGAGCCUCUGUUCUCUAAACAGAGACUCGAGACUACGCUUAGUUAUGGGUAUUUCACACUUCUGGGGACGCUGAGCUCGGAUCCGAACGGAGUGAUGAUGAUUGAGCGAUGGCGCAUGUUCAACAUGUUUUACCAUCUCUCGGAGCUGACGUCAAGAAAGGACUUGAUCGUCGCGCUGAUCUCCAGUCUGGACUAUCAUCUUGAAGGCCAUCCUCGAAUUCUCUUGGGCAAAGUUCUGACCACCGGCGAGAAGGAAGUGCGAAUGUUUGCGACGUCAUUCGUCGGCACGCUGCUUGAUCUCGAAGAUCUAGAGAUGCACGACUGGGCGGUGCAGCUGCUGGUCGAGCAGCUGUAUGAUGUCGAUCAGGAAGUUUGCGACUUGGCGGUGAAAACUCUGGGGGAUGCAUGCAUGGCAAGUCGGACGCUGGAUAGGAUCGUGGAAUGUCUGCCUGAUCUUGAGUAUCUGACUGAAUCUGUUUCGCCGCUUUUGCUGAGAUUUUUAUCUACACCACAAGGACUCGAGUAUCUGAAAGGGCUGGAUUAUGUGGAGCAGCAAAUGCAGGAAUGGUAUAUCUCCGGCAACGAGACGUAUGUGUAUGUUGUCGAGCGGCAGCUUGCCAUUUCACUGCUGGCGCAGAACAGUCACGCCGCGGUAGGCGAUAGCACGCUUCCGCCCCACUUUUACCGUGAGCUCGUGCGGACGGCCGAGGGCUGCAAGAUCCUGAAGCAAAAAGAUCACGUCAGACGGCUGUGUGAGUAUAUCGAGCUUCAUCAUGACGAGGAGGCCGAUCCGGUUAUCUUGACCAAGCUGAAAUCCUGCCUGUGGGCGAUUGGAAAUAUUGCUUCGAUGGAGCUCGGAGUGCCGUUUGUGGAAGAAGCCGAGAUCACAAAGACGAUAUUCCAGAUCGCGACGACAUCGCAAGUAUGGUCGCUCAAAGGCACAGCGUUCUACGUCAUCAGCCUUAUCUCAUCCACCCCGCGCGGUCUCGAGAUGGUCGACGAGUAUGGCUGGGAAUCGACAGUCUCGGUGAUGGGCGAUCCGAUGGGCCUGUGCGUGCCGAAAGACAUUCGGAGCUUUCUCGAGCUGCCGCCGUGGGAGUCGUUUGUCAGUCUGCGGCCGUCGCGCAGGGGCGUGUAUGUCGCGGACGCGGAUAUGGGGAAUCUGAAGCAGGUCGUGGUUGCGGCUCCGCAGCCUGCAAAGGCGCAGGCGCAAAAGUCUGAGCGGUAGGCGGCGAAGCGAGAGCAAGAUCUUAGCGGUAGGGCGGCGAGAGCGAGAGAUAGAGAUAGAGUGGGGACGGGGUCUUGAUUUUGGAGUUUAGGGAGUUUUGAUCUGUUUGUUUGUACGAGAUAUGUUUUGAUGAGGGUGGUGGUAGUGAGUAGUGUCUUAUGAGACUUUAAAAGUAUCAGAA